AUGCCGCUCAUGCCGGGGUCUCCGCGACCGGGCACGCCUGUACCUCACGAGGAGGACGACGGCGUGUACCGCUCUUUGUUUCAGCAGCCAGUAGUCGAGAUUCCCCCGACAGCACCCCCUUAUGCCUGGUUUGAGUUCCUACUACACCCAAAGGCGCUCCAAAAGCACCUGACAACCCUUCGUCACCAAAAACAAUGUAACGCACACAAUGCCACAUCGGCUAUUGAAUUGGUGCGAGAGUUCCUCGAGCAGGCUCAGCUGGUGGCUGAUGAAGGAAACGUGCGUAAUAAACGCUACAGUGCAUUGCUACUGGUAGCGGCCCAAGUUGCACUGCAGAUGCAGUUGUCACUCUCAAUCAUUGAACAGGCGCUGGCUUUGCACUUUCAGCGGCUGUUACUGGACGGUAUCGUGGACUUUGCGGAGCAGCCGCUUAGCAGUCGAAAUGAAUUCAUGCGGGAUGUGAUGAUUCAGCCCUACGAAGCUCAUGUGUUGCACAAUCGAUGGACGUUGCGGGCGCUCGUUAAGCAGUCGCAGAAUGGAUAUCUGACCUGCAGUUCACGCAGUGAGGGCGAGGAGAUCUCGUCCACUUAUCAAAUGGCCCUGGGAGAUCUCAUGACCAGUCACUUGCAGAUUGCACAGAAUGUUCUGAUGAUCUUGAUGAAUGAUGAAAAGCAGCCACUGACAGCACAGACUCGACUGGAAACGUACUACGAUUUGGGUAUCUAUUUUUUCAGCUUUAAUGGGUUUGAAAAGGCCUACAGCUGCUUUAGUCGUGCUCUGGAACUUGUAGAAGAUGGAGAAAAUGAUGACGAAAAAAUGGAAGAAGACAGCACAAGCAAGUUUUCUGUGGAUGAUCGAGCGAAUCUGGAAGGCUAUCUAACUGCAUGCGAAGCUGUGCUAGAGGUGCAGUCUGUGAAUGAGAGCCCUGCAUUGCUGAAAACACCAAGGUUACAGAUUGAGAUGGCCUGGGAAGCACGAGAUUGGGACAAGGUGAUCCAGGUACUUGAAAGUGACAUUGUGGCUUCAAAGCUGACGAAGCUAUCGCAGGGUUAUCGAAGUGCACUGGAGCAACAAGCACUUCGUCUACUGCGAUUGAGUAGCAGCAAUCUUAUGGAGGAAGAUCCACAUGUUGCUGCUUCUACCAUAAGAUGUUUUUACAAACGCAUUGUGAUGGAAAAUGCCGUGAUGAUUCUUUUGCUUGAUGGUGACCAGGAACCGACCACGUCUCUAGAGAAUUGCGUCUGCGUUUGCAUUCGUCUGCUUCAAGACGAGAUUUUCCAUUCGAUAGCACGAAACACCAGCAACAAUGAUGAGACCCAAGAAUACUUUGCAGUGCUAGCUCGUUUCAUGCUGGGACUCAGUGGUUUUGCAUUUUCGAACGGCCCGGAUGAUAACGCCAAGUCACAUAUCAAGCAAUUUGUCUGUCAAGUUAUUCGUCACUUUCCGUGCAUUACUAGCCUAGAAGGCGUGUCAGAGCUCCUUCAACGCUGCGGGGGUCUUCAUGCAAUAACCGACUUUGCAUCCGUGCCUUUUGAGGAGAGUUUGGCUAGUGUAGUCGCGGUAGAAGGACGGCUUCGAAGUGCGGUGGCUAGGCAAAGGGAAUAUUCUUGCAUGAUGGCAGACGUGGGUAGUAUGUUUGCAUUUGCUAGCGUGAAACUAAAGGAUGCGUUUGUUGCUGGUCUUCAAGACGAAGUGGCUGACGUGUCCGGGGCCAGAAACAUAGCAGAACUGGCAGAGGACGUGGGCAUUGAACGACACAGCACGCUUUUUCGAAAUCUGAUCACGUUUUGCGCAGCCAAUAGCUGCUGGGAAGUGCUGAGCCAGUGCGAGGUUGUGGCACCUGUUUCAUCGCAUUUGCGCUGCGAAUUGGAGUUUGUGGUGGCGUGUGGUGCGCUGAUCCAGUAUUUGUCAUCUCUUGCGUCGCCUCCGCUCUCCGUCCGUGCACAGAGCGCGAAGAUCUCUACUGCAGGAAAUGACACAUCUUUUGUAGUCAGGGGCCGAAAAGAAUAA